AUGCACAUAACGUGUGAGACGAAUAUGGAAUAUGACACGGUUGUGUUCAAUUGGCGCGUGAAGAACUUCCGGCGUUUGCGAGAGAUUGCGACGGAGAACGACUUGCCGCCGGAGGGCGACGUAAUAACGAGUCCGGUAUACGUUGACGGGCUAGGUGGUUGCUGGUGGAUGCGGAUGUACCCGUAUGAGAAGCGAGAGAACCAUUCUGGGAAGGUCAGUUUGUUUCUGCAUACUGACCGGGCAACCUACAGUGACGUAUACUUCUCCUUCCAGUUCACCGCUCUGAACAUGGAAGGCAACCCCAUUGAGGGCACUGUAGGCGGUGUGGAGUUACACAAGUUCGAUAAGAGCGACAGAGUUAGGAACUUUGGAUUUUUCGAUUUCAUCGACUCCGAAGAUCUACUCACCCAAUGCCUAGACGAAGACGGGGGCCUCUGGCUCUACUGCGAAGUUCACGUCUACUCUCAUGUUGUCACCGAACUGGACACUGUCGAGGAAGAACCCACCGUCAAGCCCAGGUCCGACAACGAAAUCUAUCGGCAAAGACUGUGCUACUUUGGUACGAAAGCCUCACCCGACCACGGGUGA